GUGAACUGGAAUUGUAGGACCUUUCAUCAUGGACUUUUACUACCAUCCUUGCUCGGCUCCUUGCCGCUCCGUUAUAAUGACAGCCAAGGCCCUUGGAGUUGACCUGAAUAUGAAGCUAUUGAAGGUCAUGGACGGGGAGCAACUGAAGCCGGAGUUUGUGAAGCUCAAUCCACAGCACUGCAUUCCCACCCUGGUGGACGAUGGCUUCUCCAUCUGGGAAUCCCGUGCCAUUUUGAUUUACUUGGUGGAGAAGUACGGCGCUGAUGACUCGCUGUAUCCCAGCGAUCCCCAGAAGAAGGCUGUGGUCAAUCAGAGGCUCUACUUCGACAUGGGCACCCUGUUUCAGAGUUUCGUCGAGGCCAUCUAUCCACAGAUAAGGAAUAAUCAUCCCGCCGAUCCAGAGGCCAUGCAGAAAGUGGACAGCGCCUUUGGCCACCUGGACACCUUCCUGGAGGACCAGGAGUAUGUGGCUGGCGACUGCCUCACCAUUGCCGACAUUGCCCUGUUGGCCUCCGUUUCCACCUUUGAGGUGGUGGACUUCGAUAUAGCCCAGUAUCCAAAUGUGGCCAGGUGGUACGAGAAUGCCAAGGAAGUGACUCCCGGUUGGGAAGAGAACUGGGACGGUGUACAGCUAAUCAAGAAACUUGUCCAGGAGAGGAAUGAAUGAUUUGAUGAGAAUGUCUGCAGUAAAUGCCCAACAUACCACAUACCUCGGCAAAUUAUUGCCAAACAUGGUUAUAUUGUAUUGUAGUUAAACAAAUAAAUCGCAUUGUUAUGAGCACCGUGAUAAUAAAUUAUUAUCUCAAAC